CCCACACACCCCCCCCGUACUGGAACAGCACAGCUCGGGCAACAGCUUGUUCUGGAGUACAAAUCAUCAGUGUCAUCGCCAGAAUGUUGUCAGGGCCUAUAGCCUUUGCAGUAUCCAAUGCCUCCAGCCACUAAUCUAAAAGCCAGCCUUUCCCCAGUUUCUGGAAUCGUGCAUUUUGCUGAGCUCUUGAAUGCUUGUUCGGCAGAAGUUUUUCCUGGGACUGAACUGGUCUUACCCCAUGUCAGAGCAAAACUUGCAGGGGUUGCUAAGAGACGAAAUGGGGUGAACAUUUCCACGACCACAGUUGCCACGGGGACCGAUGAUUCAUUCCUGAAGUGGACCCUGCUCCUGAUUCCUGUCACUACCUUCAGCCUGGGCACCUGGCAGGUGCAGCGGCGGAAAUGGAAGCUGCAGCUCAUCAAGGACCUGCAAGCACGAACUCGCUCGGAGCCACUGCCCCUGCCCCUGGGGCAGUUGGAGCUGAAGCAGCUUGAGUACAGGAGGGUGAGGGUCCGAGGGAGGUUUGACCACUCCAAGGAACUCUACAUCAUGCCGCGAACGAGGGUGGACCCAGACAAAGAUGUACAAGAAGCUGGGCGCCUGAUGUCCAGCACAGAGCCUGGAGCCAAUGUGAUCACUCCAUUCGACUGUACUGAGCUGGGGGUGAGGAUUCUUGUGAAUAGAGGCUUUGUUCCCAGAACGAGACUGAAACCGGAAACACGGACCAAAGGACAGAUUACAGACGAGGUGGAGAUCGUUGGUGUCAUCCGACUGACAGAAAGUCGCAGACCGUUCACUCCUCAGAACGAUGUCGAGAGGAAUUGUUGGUAUUACCGCGAUUUGGAGGCAAUGGCACAUGCUGUGGGCACAGAACCCAUCCUCAUUGACGCAGACUUCAACAGUACUGUCCCUGGAGGUCCAAUUGGUGGGCAGACAAGAGUAACCCUGAGGAAUGAGCACCUGCAGUACAUCCUAACCUGGUAUGGGCUGUGUGCAGCAACCUCCUAUAUGUGGUUCCAGAAGUUUGUACGGAAAGUGGCUGCCUAGUGAUCCUGUCAGCCGAUCCUCCUUGGAAAUCAAUCCCUUGCUUGUGUAAAUGAUGUUAUAAAUUCACAGUUCAAAA